AUGGCCACUACGCACCUUCCACACUCCCUCCUACCGAAAAGCCACAACACGCCCCACCGCCUCCUCAUCCUCCAAUUCCAAACAAGCCACCUCACAAAGUCCCAUCUCAAACUGCAACUCACCCUCACGCAAACCACAAACUGGACCAUCACCCGCAUCGAACUCCACUCCAAGACCUCCACCUACGCAGCGCUCGACCUCCAAGAAGCAAUCACAAAUUUCAUCCGCUCUUCUCCAGACCCGCAAGAAAAAUUCAUCAUCUACUACGGCGGAUGCGCAUUCAUCGAGGAGACAGAUUUCCAAUGGAGAUGGCACCCUACGCCUGACUUCUGGGGCAGUGAGGCGGAGAGAGUGAGGUAUUGUGAGGGACACACGGCGCGUGUGGAUCCGGCGGUGGCGUUGGAGACUCUGAUCCACGGCACGGGAGAUCGGGAUCUGCUGUUCAUUUUCCACUGUCCGUUCGAGACUGCCAGCACGACUUUCCAGCACACUCUUCCGAGAACGCCAGGCCGCAAUAUCCAACUGCUCCUCCUUCCUCAACAGACCUCCGCGCCGGUGCCAGAGAGCGGGACAUGCAUGCGACAAACGUGCAUGAACCCGACUCUCGACACGGGGAAAGGCUGGAACCAUGAUCUCGACGAUCAAGGCCUGGAAGCUCUGCGGAAAUGCCUUGAAAAGCGUUUCCAGGGAGAAUUGGAGGAGGAAAGGAAGUUCAGCUUACAGAGUCUCUUCUACAGCUUGCCGGGGGAAGGGUACCGAAAUGCGGUCCUCAUGUCUAUCAUGGGCGAAGCGAAGAAUUUCAUUUUGACAAAGGGAACUGUGUUGGAGGGGAAGAAAAUGGAUGAAGAGGAAAAGGAAGGUGUGAUGAUGUCGUGA